UUCAUGGUGUUGUUUUCCGUAACAACGCCACCGCCAGUGUUUUUGCCCGACCCGACCCAACAACAACAACAACAACACAACCAAUAUCGCACCCUCCUUCCUUCCCACAGCUUUCUUUCUCUUCUUUCUUGCCAAAGAAAGAAGACUUUUUGGGUCCUCCCGCUGCCCUUCCGCCCAUCUGCAGUUGCCAGGCACUCUUUGUCACGCCAGACGCGCUGCUCAUUCCUUCACUUUGUGUACACAACACAGCACACCCAAUAACCAAGCAAACACACAGAACGACAACAACAAACAGCAUGGGCGCGCUAGCAUGGUCGUCCACGCUGAUGGCAGUUGCGGCGCUGGUGUGCGUUGCAAGCGCAGCACCCAUGCCGCCUCCUCCAAUGCUCUUGGUGCGAACGAUUGUGAUUGAGGCCAAUACCGGCUCCUUGGUGUCGUCGCCCCACCUGGGCGUGGCACCACCUGACGGCGGCGCCUUGGCGCAGGAAGGCUAUGAGUUCCGGUGCUUGGACUGCGUGCUCCCGGACGGCAUUGUGUUUUCUCCGGUCAGCGGCCGUGUCUUCGGCCUGACAGACGCCAUCGGCAACUUCACCGACAUUUCCAUCGGUGCGGCAACAACGGGGUCCCCAGACAACCAGUUUGUGCCUGUCCUCAACAUCUCCCUCAUCAUCUCCCCAGCCACGGAUCAAGGGACCAUCCCUUUCGACGAGACCUUUGACGUGCUGUACCUGGACCAGCCGUUCUCCUUCCUCUCCAGCGUUGUUGUGAACGACCCAACUGUCGGGCCGUUUCUGCCUUCAAGUGUCCUGGACGAUGAUGACGACGAAGGCGGUGAGGAUGAUGAUGAUGGCGGCUUCUCUUCUCGCCGCCGCCGCGCCGCCUCAAAUGUCACGGAAGUGCUCAUCUUCUUCCUCGAUGGCGACAUUCCCUCUGGCAUCCAGGUUGAUGCGUCCACGGGCAUCAUCAGUGGCACGCCAACCCAGCAGGCCGACACCCGCACGCUCACGUUGUAUGCUGUGCUCGGCGGAACAACCAUCGCCCUCGUGCGCAUCAACGUCACAGUCACCAGCGACGACUGCAGCGUCGCCACCAACGGGCCAAACGGGCGCGCGUGCGAAAACGGCGGCACGUGUGUUGAUGGCGCACGCGGAGACGCCGCGUUCACGUGCGAGUGUCUGGACGGGUUCCAAGGCCCAAACUGCGGCGUGUCGACAGAUGCAUCGUCAUCAGGUGCGCUGUCAGAGUCAUCGCGUAUCGCCCUCGGUGUCGGCCUCACUGUCGCCGGCAUUGCUCUCAUCGCCGUCGCAGUGAUUGGCCGAAAGUACUUUAAGGACAACAAGGUGAAAGAUGCGUCUUCGAUUGUGUUUACGCCACCAGAGCCCGACGUGUGGGAGUACCCGCGCGACCAGCUCACCCUCACUGGCAACCUCGGCAAAGGUCAAUUUGGGAUUGUGAGCAGCGGCGAGGCGCUCAACAUCCGCGGACAGCCCGGCGUCACCGUCGUCGCAGUCAAGCAGUGCGAUCAAGCUGUUGAUGACCCUGUGCUGGUUGUGCAGCAGAAAAAGUGGUUUGUCGCCGAGGGCCAAGUCAUGAAGCGCUUCAACCAUCCAAACGUGCGUUGGCUGUCGAAGGACACUGCAUACAAGGGCUACUACACGCGCAACCUGAGCGAGAAUGUUCCGCUCCCCGUGCGCUGGAUGGCGCCCGAGACGAUUCGCUACGGCCAAUACACCACCCAGGGCGACAUCUGGAGCCUGUCGAUCGUCUUCUGGGAGCUCUUCACGCUCGGGGAGAUGCCGUAUCCUGCGAUGGGCAACCAGGAGGUGUACAUGAAGGUGAUGAACGGGUUCAGGAUGGACAUUCCCGAGCCCGCACCGCAAGAGAUUGGCGAGCUCAUGCAGCUCUGCUGGCACAAGUCGCCCGCCUCCCGCCCCACCGCUGCUGCCGUGCACGAGAGGCUCUCGCAGCUGUGCAGCACGCAUGCCACGCUGGUUCUUCCACCGUCACUUCGCCGUGACAGCGUGGGCGCCGCAAAGUCGCAACAGCAGCAGCAGCAGCAACAGUACUACGCAACGGGGCGGCAGGCAAGCAUCAACCGCAACACAACGCUGCGUGCAAGCAAGGUCAUGACGCAGUACGAGCCUGCGGAGACGCAACCAAACGGAUACCUGGACCUGUCCAGUAACGUGUCCACCAUCCACCACAACGACCGCAGCAUGCGUCCGUCGGCACGGGAUGGGAGCCCGCUGGCGAGAGGCGAGGUGCUCACUGUUGGUCGUUCGUCCAACGCUGCCUCCGCUGCCUCCGCCUCCUCCGCCGCCACCAACACGGGCCGUGGCAAUGGGGGCAUGAGUGGCACGACCAACGCGAGCACAGCUCCGGACGCGUCGUCCGAGUAUGUGACGGUUGCGCAACAGGAGCGUGAGGCGAAGAUGGGCACGUCGACGUCGCGGCAGCAAUACGACACGCUUGAGCUGCAGGAGAUUGGGCAGUCGCCAGGCACGGCCCGCGAGUCGAGCACAGAUCCCAGCAAUGGCACGCGUGGUGGCAGGAGUGGCAAUCUCGAUGACGGUCAUGGCAUUGGUGGUGGUGCCGAUCGUGGUGGGAGGUCUGAGUACACGCCGCUGGCGCACCAAUCGAAUGCGCCCAUGGCCACCAACGCGCUCUACCAGCCCGUCGCGUGAGAGUUGCCGCGCUGCUUCGUCGUGUACAGUAGUCGCGUGUGCGGUAUUUUUUUUUGGGGGGGGGGGCGGCGGCUGUGGGUUGGUGCAGGAGUGAGUGAGGGAGGUGGCGGGGGUAGUGUUCAUAGUUAUGAUGAUACUGGUGGUGAUGAUGGUGGUGGUGGUGGUGUUGUUGUUCACGGCGACUUUGCGUGUGGAAUGUCCAAGCAUGUGUGUGCACAUGGAUGAUGCGUAAUAGAAUGCAUGGCAGGGGUCGGUGUAUGCUUUGUGAUUCCGUUGCUUGCUGACUUGCUGCUUGCUGACCUGUUUGUUUGCUGACCUGUUUGUUUGAGUGUUCUCUUGGCCGUUGCCGGCGCUGUUGUUUGUUCUUUUUGGACACGGUUGCGUCGUGUCUGUCAUGACGCUGCUGCUUUGCUUUGUGGCUGUGCAUCUUCGCUUUCUGCCGUUUGGGCGGCGUGUUUCCUCAUUGUAAAUUAUGCA